AUGAAACAUAAGCAACUUAAUCUCAAAUACCCCUCCCAGUUUUUGUAUUUGCAUUUUAGUACAUAUUCAAUGGCAAAACAAUCUCAUUUGGAUCUCGUCUUGAAUGUGAGGAGACAAAAGCCAGAGCUUAUAUCCCCAGCAAAGCUUACACCUCAUGAAGUCAAGAUUCUAUCCAACAUAGAUGACCAACAAUUCUUACGUAUCCACUUUUCAAUCAUACUUUUCUAUCGUCCGAAUCCUUCCAUGGCUGGAAAAGACCCAGUGAAAGUGAUAAGAGAUGCAUUGGCUGAAGCUCUUGUAUUUUACUAUCCACUAGCAGGAAGGCUCAGGGAAGGUGAAGGCCGUAAACUCAUGGUGGAAUGUAAUGGAAAAGGAGUGAUGUUCAUUGAAGCUGAUGCUGAUGUCAUGCUUCAACAGUUUGGUGAUGAUCUUCAACCUCCUUUUCCAUGUUUAGAAGAUCUACUUUACUCUCCUCCUGGCUGUGACAAAAUCCUUCACUGUCCCAUCUUGCUUGUACAGGUGACACGACUUAAGUGCGGGGGUUUCAUCUUUGGGCUUCGCAUUAAUCAUAGUGUAUGCGAUGGAUAUGGUAUUCUCCAAUUCAUGAAUGCCCUCUGCGACAUAGCAAACGGUGCAAAUGAGCCUCUGGUUCUGCCUGUGUGGCACAGGGAACUUCUAAAUGCAAGAGACCCACCAAAUGUUACAUGCAUGCAUCAUGAGUACGAUGAAGUGAUCGAUACCAUGAACUCUUCAAUAAACAUAGUUCAUCGCUCCUUUUUCUUUAGAUCAACUGAGGUUUCUUCCCUCCGUAGAUUACUCCCUGACCACCUAAGACAAUCCUCCUCAUCAUCUGAGGUUAUCACGGCAUGUCUCUGGCGUUGUAGAACAAAAGCUUUGCAACUGGACCCACACAAAGAAGUUCGCCUCAUGGUUGUCGUCAAUGGACAUUUCAGACGUAAUGGAUUAAACCGUCCAUUAUUACCUAAAGGUUAUUAUGGCAAUGCUACUGUGUUUCCAACAGCAAUUUCAACUGUUGGUAAGCUUUGUGAGAGUCCUUUAGGGUAUGCCUUGGAAUUAGUGAGGAAAGCAAAAGCAGAAGUGAACGAUGAGUAUUUUCACUCUGUCGCUGAUCUGAUAGCUACUAGAGAACCAACAUGUUCUGGAACCAUGCUAUCAUGUAUGGUAUCAGAUUUCAUGGCCCUUGGAUUCAGAAAUGUUGAUUUUGGAUGGGGUAAGGCAGCGUAUGCUGGUCCUGCAAAGACACUUGAUACAUUUCUAGGACAAAUGUUUUAUGUUGGACAUACCAAUAGCAAAGGAGAGGAAGGAAGGAUGGUGACUGUUUGCUUGCCACUUGAAUGCAUGGAGAGAUUUGCCAAAGAGUUGGAUCUUUUACUUAAUGGUGUUCAAUGGCAGAUCCAAGAGUCAACGAGUGUGAGGUCUAAAAUCUAAAAUAAAUCAAUUUAGGAGGUUCAAAUAAUAUUGCAUUUCAACAUAUCUUGGAAUGGGGAAUAAAGUUUGUGAUGUAUAUGUAUAUUUUUGAAUUGUUUUGGGUGCGGUGCAUGGUGUAGGGUAUAGUUGUUUUAGGGACAAAAUGUUUGUGAAGUAUAUAUGUUGUUGUUUUGUGUGUACACAUACGCCCAGUGGAAGCAUGCAUGUACAAGAAUCAACAAGGACUGUGAGGGCUACAAUGUAAAAUAAAUCAAGUUAGUGAAGCCAAAAUUGAAUUUAAAGUUAUAUUUGCUAGUCUAAGACUAUUAAUUACCUUAUAA